CUGCAGAUAUUUGGACGUUGGUCGUCUUCUUGUUUUUAUUGAAGGCUUUUAAAGGAGGUAGAUGUUGGACCAGCUCCUCCUUCUUCCGUGAAGCCGUCGCAGCGAGACCUCGAUUCAACCCUGAGUUUCUCUCGACUAGAAAUAGUUAGUCGGCCUAAACUAGAGUCAGAGUUCCUCUCUAACCCUAAAGUAGAUCUAACAGAGUUUAUUACUAAAGUUAAACUCUGAUCUCUGUUGAGUAUUACACUAAACUCAGGGUUAAACUCAUUGAGGAAUUUCAAUGAGGAAAUGGCUGCUUUUUUACCUGCGUCACUCAUCAGGACUCUGCUGUUUCUCAGCUGCUUCCUGCUUGUUUCUGUUGAUCAGAGAAUCAUCAGCGCUGAACCUGGAGAAGAAGUCAUUCUGACAUGUAGAGCAGCUGAGAAGAAAGAUGUUCUAGUUGUACUGUGGAACAGAACUGAUCUGGGGUCAGAUCAGUUUGUUCUUUUAUACAGAUCCAAGCAGUUUGAUCCAGAGGGUCAAUUUCUAUCCUUUAAGAACCGGGUGGAUCUGCAGGACGUGAAGAAUGGAGACGUGUCUUUGGUUCUGAAGAACGUGACGACUAAUGAUACAGGAAUAUAUGAGUGUCGAGUCGCUCACAAAGAAAAUGAUCGCAUGAAGAGAUCCAAUCUGGACACUGACCCCAUCAGCAUUAUUGACCUGAUAGUUCAAGGUGAGUCUGUUUGUUUCUGGAUCAGAACUUCCAGCAGCUUCCUGGUUCUUGACAUGAGAGAAACAUCUCAGAUCAGAUGUUAGAUGGACAGAAACACUUCAAGGAAUCAUAGUUUUCAUGUCUGACAGAAACAUCUUAUAACUGAAAUGAAAACUUAACAAUAUUACAGUUUAAUUAAAAAAAUGAAACCGAACUGUAGAACAUCAUCUAACUGCUUCAUACAUUCAAGAAGCAAUAGAUGCCAUAUUGUUGAUGCUAAAAUAAUGUAUUAUUACAGUUAUGAUAAUGUUGUCUAAGACAUUCAUUUAUUAUUUAGAUUUUAAUAUAUAGAAACAUAUAUAGUGAAUAAGAUAAAUGAGUGAUGCUGUAACUGUUUAAAAUCACCUGUUUGAUGACAAUCAUUUAUCGAUCAGUUUAUUUCAGAUAAAAAUACUUAAAUAAUAAAUAAAAUGUCCGUCACAAUCCACCACUUUACUGGAACAUAUUAGACCCAUAAUGUUCUAUUUAUUGUAAUAAAAAUCAACUAAUAAACAUGAAAAUAAACACUGAGAGAAUCUGUGUUUUCAGCUAAUUCAACUAAUGGAUAAAUUCAAACCAAUCUGCCCAUCUUAGAUUAGGUGAGAUUAAAACCAUCAUAUCUCAGGUUCUACAUGGUCCAUCAACAUAGAAUAAAAACUAGGAGGAAGAUUAAAAUCUGGACGUCUGAGUGAACUUGGUCCUCCAGGUGACAGAGGUUAUUACAGGGCUUUGAAAGCAUCAUGUGAUCUGAUCUCCACCAGCAUGAAGAUUGACUCCUUGGUUACAGUAAACAAGUUUUGUUGCUUGUUGCUCUUCUUCUAUUUAUCUUCUAAUGCUGGGAGUCUGACAAGCUAAUAUUAGCUGGUUAAUUAGACAGGUUGUUGGCUCGGUCAGCUACCUCCCACUGUUCUGUUUAACACACCUGUAGAUCUAACCUCUAGAACCAGAACCAGGACUUUCCAAAGGUUCUGUCUCGUUAACAACAGAAACAUGUAGGGCAUUAGAACAGGUAAAAGAGGAGAAUGCAGACAGACUCUGAUCUCUCCAGAACUUUCCUCCAUAAAAAGUAAAAAAUAUGGUGCAGUGAAACUACUUCUCAAAGUACAUUUUCUUUCCAAACGUUACUCCAGUAAAUGUAACUAGUUAGUACCCACCUCUGGUCAUCAUCUAACUGACAAAUCAAACUAACAUCUGGUUCU